AUGUUUCUUAGAACUGCCUUAACCGUGUCGGUGAUAGUAUGUUUGUCCUGUCGCUGUCACAGUCUGUCUGAUUAUUACAAACUUGGUCAAACGUGUACAGACACGAUAAGCGACAACACAACAGUCGUUGGAACGUGCAAAAGGAUCGCCCAAUGUCCACUCGCUGUAAAGUUGGUUCAAGUGAAUGAAAUCAAUCCAUACAUGUGCUACAUGAUGAAGAAGAGAGAGAGAGUGGUCUGCUGUCCCUCUGAACCGAAUCUCUCAAAAGCUGGUGAAAUGAGGGACUUCUUCUCGAGAGCUAAGGAUAAUUUCAUUGAAUUCCAAAAUAUUAAAUGUUUUUAUUCCGGUGGUGAAGCGACGACAUGCUGCGUAAGACCGAAGAAGCCACUGUUCCCAGAAGACCGCGAACCGGACGGAUGCAAAAAAAUAACACCAAUGAGCCCUAGCUUGGCAGAAGGACUUUCAGAUCAACGCAAAGAAGUAUUACGGAAAUGCUGGCAAUAUCAAAUAUAUGUGAACAAAUGUGUGUCCCUGAAGAAUGACCCAGACAAGUAUACGCGGGAAGACACUUGCGGUAUACCGACAUCUGAUUACCGGAUUACGUCUGCAAAGCAGGCUGUGAUAAAGGAGUUUCCACAUAUGGCAGUUUUGGGCGUUGCCAAUCCGAAUCCUCAAGCCCAAGGAGAUAUAAUGUGGAUCGGUGGAGGUUCCCUGAUAAGCGACGAGUUUAUUCUAACAGCUGUUCACGUGCUCCAUAGUGAAUAUGGCCCGAUUCUUUACGCGUUGCUAGGAUCUUUGGAGAAGACAGACAUUCGUAGCGGUAUCCUUUACAAUAUUGUUCGGUGGAUACCACACAACUUGUAUAGUACUAAAACCCAGAGGCACGAUAUUGGACUGGUACAAUUAGAUAGAAAGGUGCAGUUCUCAGAAUUCAUAAGACCCAUUUGUUUGCCUGUUCAAAAGAAGCCAGAAAAGUCAUCUGUGUAUAUUGUGGCGGGAUGGGGUAAAACAGAAAAAGGAUCUACAUCGAAUACACUUUUAAGGGCAAACGUAAAUAGACUUGGAAUAAAUAACUGUAAAAGCCGUUAUGAAUAUUACGACAACAAAUUCAUGAUUUGUGCAGCAGGCACCACGUUCACCAAUGGAACAGCAGCCGACAGUUGCCAGGGCGAUAGUGGAGGACCACUGAUGUCUUCAUCAUCAGACGUAUACUGCAGCUACAUUAUUGAGGGAAUAGUUUCCCAUGGAAGCACUUGUGGAUCUGGUGAAGGCGCUGUAUAUACCCGGGUCUCAUAUUAUUUGGACUGGAUUAUAAAAACUGUGUGGCCUGAGCUAUAA